AUGAGGGACGGUCCCGCGAUCACGAUGCUGCUGCUGCUGGCCUCAUUCCUCCUGGCGGCACAGCCAUCCAGUGCAAGCCGCGAAUCAGUUUGGCGCAACCUGAACCGCGCAUGGCGCAACGGCGGAGAGAAUUCGCACCUCGCGGCUCCCUCCAGGGAAAACUCUGGAGAACUGGCGACGCCAGCAGCAGACGGCUCCGCGGUCUACAUCGUUCGCCUGAGCACGGCGCCUCCCCUCUCCGAAUAUCGCGGCGGAAUCGCGGGCUACCCCGCGACGGCCACGUGGGACGACGGCAGCGACGAGGAGGACAGUGAUUCCGUGCCGCAGAUGAUUCUCUCCGCCGGCGACUCCGCCGCCGACGUCGCAGGCGACGAAUCCGUCGAUCUGGACGACACCAACGGCGACAACCUCCUCCCAAACGCAACAAUGCCCGCGCCGCCCGCAAACGGCACAUCUGACACCGCCGCAACUCCCAACGCUCGCGGCGGUCGCGGCAGUCGCGGCGGUCGCGGCGGUAACGGUAACGGCGGACGAAACGGCGGCGGCGGGUGCCCGCGGCACCGGCUGAGUCUGAGCAUGGACCGCCCCCAGGUGGCGGCGUUCGCGGGGCUGCUGCAGCGGCAGCAGGCGCAGGUGGCAUCUGAGGCGGGCGUACCCGAGGACGGGCUGCUCUACAGCUACAAGCACACAUCCAACGGCUUCGCCGCGCGCCUCACGCCAUACCAGGCGUGGCGGCUGCGGCGCCACCCUGCCGUGGCGUCCGUCCGCGCCAGCCGCGUGUUCCGCCGGCAAACGAGCGACUCGCCGCAGUUUCUGGGGCUGCCCGGGAAGGUGUGGCCGGCAGUGGGUGGGCAGAGCAAGGCGGGCGACGGCACGGUGGUGGGGAUCGUGGACUCGGGUAUCUGGCCCGAACACCCGUCCUUCAGCGAUAAGGGCUUCUCCUCGCAGCUGCCCGCGGGGUGGAAGGGCAAGUGCGAGCAGUCGAGCUCGUUCCGGUGCAACAACAAGGUGAUCGGCGCCAAGGCCUUCUAUGCUGGCUUCCAGCAGAGCAGCGGAAAGCCCGUGCUGACCAACGACUGGCUCACGCCGCGAGAUGCGGACGGCCAUGGCACGUGGUGCGCGGGGGCAGCCGCGGGAAACCCCGUGAAGGUGAAGGGCGGCGGGCAGGUGAGCGGCAUGGCGCCGGCAGCGCGCAUUGCGGCGUACAAGAUCUUCUGGACGGACCGCAACGGGGACAUGUACGCCACGGAAUCAGACAUCAUCGCAGCCGUGAAUCAGGGCGUGGCGGACGGUGUGGAUGUGCUGUCGCUGUCUCUGGGCGGCAUGGAUCCCAACGACAACUAUUUCAACGAUCUCGCUUUCAUGCGCGCCAAUGCUGCAGGGGUGUUUGUCGCCUUUGCUGCCGGCAACGCUGGGCCUCCCGGGCGUGGAGGGUUCUACCGCACGCUUGACAACUUCGCGCCUUUCUACCUCACCGUUGGUGCCAGCACCAUUGCCCGAGGCGGCGCCUCCCUCGCGUCCUCAACUGCCGGCGCGCAGUCGCUCGCUCUCAGCGGCACCGCCUCUGCCAGCAGCAACAGCAACAGCAACAUCAACUGCAACGGCACUGACGACAGCACAGGGGGCAACUUCAAUGGCAACAGCACCGAUGGCACUGAUGGCACGGACGGCAGCAGCACGGUUCUGACUGCAGACGGGGGGAUCACCUUCACCUCCUCCUCCUCCUCCGCCCCGGUGGUGGCUGACUUCUCUUCCCGCGGCCCCCUGCUGCAGCCCUCCGCCACAACCCAGCCGCCCAAGCCAGGCAACGCCGUUCUGAAGCCCGACAUCAUCGGCCCGGGAGUGGACCUCGUAGCCGCUGUUCCCGGGAAGAAGCCCGGCGACACCGGUGGUCUCGCGCGCAUGUCGGGCACUUCCAUGGCCACCCCGCAUUUAGCGGGGCUAGCCGCUUUAAUCAUCCAGAAGUACCCCAGCUGGACCCCGGCGCAGGUGAUGUCAGCACUGAUGACGACGGCGCGGGUGACGGACACGAGCAAGAGCCCAAUCAAGAGUUCGACGGGUGGGGAGGCCACCCCGUGGGAGAUGGGCGCAGGCCACGUGUUCCCCCCGGCCAUGCUCGACCCCGGCCUCACCUAUGACGCCCGCGACCGCGACUACCAGAAUUUCCUCGCAGGGCAGGACCUGAACCGCGCGAAAAAGGAGUUCCCAGGGGUGGCGCUCUCGCCUCUGGCUGUUCGGAAUCUCAACCUGCCCACCAUCACUCUGCCUCGCCUGCAGGGCUCCCUGCAGGUCACCCGCACCGUCACCAACGUGGGGCAGUCUCAGUCCACUUACAGUGUAUCUGGGAAGUCCCCGCAGGGCGUGAAGGUGACUGUGGGGCCUAGGAGCCUCACGCUGGCUCCCGGGGAGAAGAAAAGCUACACGGUGACGAUUACGGUGGAUACCCCCAGUAAUGACUUCAAGUAUGGGUAUCUAGUCUGGGCUGACAACCAGGGCCACAGCGUGCGCUCCCCCCUUGUGGUGCAGCCCAUCUCCCGCUGA